AUGGGCAAGGUCAACUGGUGGCUAUGGACCAAAAUGCUUGUGGCCGGAGGGGGUGUUAUUUGGGGUGGUCCAGCUCUUGUUAGAUAUCUUCAACCGACAGACGAAGAGCUCUUCCAGAAGUACAACCCGGAGCUUCAAAAGCGCAGCUUGGAGAGGAGGUAUGAACGUGAGAAGGAGUUUGACGACUUUGUGGUCAAGCUGAAGGAGCAGGCGAAAUCCGAUAAGCCGAUCUGGAUUCUUCAAGCGGAGGAAGAGAAGGCCAGUGCCACCAACAUGGCUAGACAGCAGAAGCUCGCUGAAAGUUUGAGACUUGCCGAGGAAGUCAAGGCAAGAAGAGAGGCCAUGAGAAAAGAGGCAGGACUGCCAGUGGAUUCGGGCAAGCAAGGCAAGUAA